UCAAUAAACCUUUGGCGACCGAAACCAUGUCUCCGGCGGCGGCGGCGGCAGCUGUGGCGGCGGCGGCGGCGCCCUCUCCCUGGCCAAGAUGUCAAGUAUUAACCCGGAGGGGCAGAUCUGCCGCCGCUGCCGCCGCCACCGCUCUGAACUCCUCCCGGGCGCAUUAAGCUCGGGUUGCUGGCUGCGGGAUCCCGGCGCCCCUUGGCUGCUGCGCCGCUGGGGAGCUUUGCAAGCGGGUUCGCCGCCGCAGCCGCCGCUCCAGCCGGCGCCUGCAAGGUGCUGCUUGUGCUGGGGCUGUUGCUGCUUUUGCUGCUGCUGCUGCUCUUGCGGGAGGCUCAUUCCAAGCGCGCAACUUGCAGCCUGGGAAGAGCAGCCGCCGCCGCCGCCGGCUGAGCGCGCCGCUGUCGCCGCCACCAUGCCGGCCAUCAAGAGGGAGCGCCCGGACCGCGAGGAGCUGGCGCUGGCCGCCUUUAACCAGCCCAUGGAGACCUUGCCCGACUACCUGGUCCCCUUGGCGGCCGCCGCCAUCCCCGUGGUGACCCCGCACCCGCCUGCCUACGAGCAGAUCUUCGCCACCGCUGCGCACCACCAGCACCACCAUCAUCACCAGCAGCAGCGCGCUUACCUGGACUUCCACGCGGCGCCCCACGCCGCCGCCCACUCCCACCCGCACCCCCUCCCCGAGGACCUGAUGCUGGAGCGCUUCUCGUCCAUCCCGGAUUUCCAGCCCUUCUUCGACAACGGCGAGCCUUGCAUCGAGGUGGAGUGCGGCGAGAACAAGGCGCUCCUCUACAUCAAUAAGUUGUGCCAGGGCAGCAAAGGGCCCUCCAUUCGCUACCGGGGAGAGUGGCUCACUCCCAACGAGUUCCAGUUCGUCAGCGGCCGGGAGACCGCCAAGGACUGGAAGCGGAGCAUCCGGCACAAAGGGAAAAGUUUGAAGACUCUUAUGUCCAAAGGAAUCUUACAGAAUCGGGGUCGCCUUGCUGAGAAGAGAACCAUCCCCUUGCCUCCUACCAGGACCCCAAAGAAAGAGCUUCCCUCCAUUUUCUCACACAGUGACGACAGUGAGGAGAGCGACAAGGUCAAUGGUCAUCACCCUGAUGUCAAGCAAGAGGAGGAUUUGCAUAUUAGUAUCAUGAAAAGAAGGAUACAUGCACAUUGGGAUCUGAACAUCUCUUUCCGUGAGACCUCUUGCAGCCGGGACAACGAACUCACUUCCUUCAUCUCCAACCUCCACCAGAGUCGCCAGCUCGUUAUGCCAGAGACCCAGAGCCGGUGCGAAUUCAAGAGAAGCAGCUUGGAUGUUGGCUUGGGGGCAGCAGACGAAGUUUUAGGCAAGAGAAGAGCGUGUUCACCCAACAGCAGCAGCGAGUGUCCCCUGGAGAGCAAGAAAUCUCGAAGUGAGUCCCCAAAAGAAAAUUCACACACUCCCUUGUUGGAGGGCGCCGUGACACAGAUGACCCCCGAGGAGCACUACAGGAGGAUGAUGUCCGCCCUCAAUGAACACGGCACCUUCGAGGAGCAGCAGCAACAGCAGCAGCGCCUCUACCAGUUGGCCAACAGCAUGGCGGUCCCUAGCCAUAGUGAUCUCCUCCGGGCACGACAAGAAGUGGCAGCCGCCGCAGUGCGCAACCCCAGCACCAUGGAAGCACAUCUCCCUUCUGCCAGCAACUCAUCCAGCCAGCGGAGGAAGCAGGGGCUCCCUCAGCACCGGGAUUCACACUUCACCGAGAGGGAGAUGUCCCAUCCACCCCCUCUUCUGUCGCCUCAGAACGCUCCUCACAUUGCAUUAGGCCCGCACUUGAGACCCCCCUUUUUAGGGGUACCUUCGGCCUUGUGUCAGACGCCAGGUUACGGGUUUCUACAGCCAGCCCAAGCGGAGAUGUUUGCACGACAACAAGAGAUGCUGAGGAAGCAGAACCUUGCCAGGCUUGAGAUGUCAGCGGAGAUCAUCCGCCAGAAGGAGUUGGAGAACCUCCACCGCCAGCGGCUACUGGCCAGCGACCCCAUGAGCUUGCACCCGGGCCUGCCACCGGACCACCCAGCCCUGCGCAACGUCCACGACAUUCCCGAGGGGCACCCGCUCCGCGACGAGCUCUCGCGGAGGAACGCCAUGUUGGUACUCCGCCAUAAUAACACCCCACUCCUGUCGCUCAACCAUGGGGUCCCCAGCGCCUCCACCACUCCGCCCAAGGAACAAGGAAGUCGGAGGGGGAGCCGGAAGUCCACACACCACCGGGCUGAGGCGCCUGGCCAGAGCGAAUCCAAAGAGCUGUCCGAGAGCCGCCCCCCUGACUGCAACGACGAGGAGAUGAAGGACUCUGAGAGCGACGCCGACGUGAGCGAGGAGAAGCUGGACAGCACAAAGGCCGAGAGCAGCAGCCUGGCUGGCGAGCUGAAGGAAUGCAAAGAAGCAGCGAAAGCCUGCGAUGGCGCCAAGGAACUGGGCGAUUUAUCUGCCAGCCAGAGCGCCCCCUGCAGCUCCUCCAGCGCCGAGUCGCCCAGCCACCUCCUUGGCCCAGUCAUCAACAAAACCGAGGCAAAAUACCUCCCACCGGCCUCACUCCCACCUCCGCAGCCGCUGCCAUUUGGCUUUCCGUACACCAUGAGCCCCUAUUUCCACACAGGCAGCAUGGGAGGUCUCUUCUUGGAUGGUGAAGACAGCCCAGCGCUGGAGGACGUCAGCAAGUGGACGGUGGAGGACGUCUGCAGUUUCGUGGGCGGUUUGUCCGGCUGUGCCGAGUACACUCAGGUCUUCCGGGAACAGGCCAUAGACGGCGAGACUCUGCCCCUCUUGACAGAAGAGCACUUACUGAAUAACAUGGGGUUAAAACUGGGACCCGCAUUGAAGAUAAGGUCACAGGUAGCCAAGAGAGUCGGCCGGGUGCUGUACAUGGCUAGCUUCCCCAUGGCUUUCCCGCUCCAGCCCCCGGGCUUGCGACCCGCAGACCGUGACUUGCCUCCCGCUGACCUCCGCCCCUCGUCGACAGGAAGCGUGACCUCCUCCCCGUACGGCAACGCUCUCCUCCCCGCCAGCCGCAUCUCGCCAAAGCAGGAAAAUGGGAACCCUUUGCUGGCCGGCCUCAGCGACACGUCGAAGCAGCCCUCGUAAACUGCACAGCCCCAGGCAGUCAGCCAGCCUCGCGAGGGUCCCUGGCUUGGGCUGCUGGGCCUUCCAGCACUGGAACCAGCCAGCCGAGGAACCAAGAGAAUAAUAAUGCAUUCAGCGUUGGGGUUUUAAGGGGCAGGGGUCGGCGUAAUCCAAAGAUUUAUUGGAAGCAAUUUGAAAAGGGACACCGUGACUUUUUCUUUCUUUUCUUUUGGAGAAAAGGAACGUUGUUUGGGCUUUUUUCUUUGUUGCCUUUACGGAAAUGCAACUUUGGGGAAGAGACCCUCAGCACCCCCCUUCUUCCCAUCCCCUAACCCCAGCCUCCCACCAGGAGGAAACACUCUUCCUUCCCCACUUCUGAAAUGUGUCCCUCGCUGGAACCUGUUCCGUUCCUCUUUCAAGGUGUCUAUGCAUCGCUCAAAAAACAACUUUGAAACAAUACCAAAGACAGACAACUGACCCAACGCCCAAGUUCCGGUCCAUGUUUACUUCAGUUUGGAUGGUACGGCACAGCUAGCUCUGUGGGGUACAGGUUUUUUAGUUUUUUGUGUGCUUUUCUCUUUUUUUAAACUGCAUUUUCAUGCUGCUUAAACAUUGCAGAUUGACUGUGAAAGAUCCCCUCCUUGAUGGGUACUGCACAGACUUGUUUUGCAGAAUAAUAAUAAUGAUAGCCUUGUUUGGGGGGGGGCAGAAGGGGAGAUGAGCGUGGAAGAGGCUGGGAGGCAGAGUUUACCCCCCACACCUUAAACUGCGUGUGUACAGAAGAUGUGUGUCCCAUUUUUACUUUGUUUGUGUGGGGGGAGUGUGUGUGUAUUUUGUGGGGGAGGGGGGGAAGAGGCUUGUUGCAGAGGAUAUGGAGUUGCACAUUUUUACCUGGUUCCCCCACCCCAUGACCAGGUAAGGUACCCGAGUGAGCCCAUCGGGGCAGGGCACUCUACCUUGCCCCCUCCCCACCUCGCAAUUUGUACAGUGAUGGAAAACAAUCAUGUGAUUGAUGCUUGUCCGCUUUUCUCUCCUUACCCUUUCUGUUUUAAAAACACCUGCACGCUCAACCUUUUUCCCCUUAUUCAUUUUUUUUUUUUUUACUUUUGUGUGGGGGUGGGGAAUCAAACAGAUCGCUCGAUGGUACCUUCGCUUCUUUAUAUAUUGUAAAUGGUCGUUAUCCAUCACAUCCAGGCCAACGCUUUCCAGCAAAUCGAUUUAAAUAAUAAUAAUAAAAAAGAAAUCACUUAA